AGAGAGAGAAAGAUAACACACACCCACACACACACAGAGUACAAUACAACUGUUAUCCGCCAAGUCAAUUUUUCCAACCGAGUGGCAACCUUGUUUUGGAGCGGGCACCUUAAAGUAUGCAACAAAAAAACGCCAGCGACGACUGCCUUGCUGUCAGGCGCAACUAAAGAGAGUAACGGAUAAAGAGAAAAGAGCGCAGACCGUUCUGGUUAUUGUUUUUACUCCCCCCCUGCGGAUAACUGCAGCGAAAUGUCCAAAUAUUUCGUGCCUGUUGCCCCAAACAGCAGCAGCAAUGGAAACAACAACAGUAACGGCAACACCGCACAGCAGAGACAGCAUCAACAACAGCAGCAGCAGCAGCAGCACCAGCAGCAACAUUAUGGUACAGGUGCCAGUCACACUUUUGUGGCACGAAAACUCAACUAUGACAUGCUGGGGGGAGGCGGCGGUGGCAUCGGCGUCAACACCACCACCAACCACAACAACAACAAUAUUGUGAUCAAAAACGAAAAGCUGGAUCUGGACUAUGAUCAUGGUUUGAGCAGCAGCGACAGCAACAGCAACAGCAAUAGCAACAGCAACAGCGGUGUGGCCGCCCAUCUAAGGGAUCACGUGUACAUCAGUCUGGAUAAGAGCGGAGUAGGCCACACAACGGCAACAGUGGUCAAUGCCCAGCAGCAGCAGCACCAGCAACGUGUUGCUGGCAGUAAAUCGAAUGAUAUCACCAAGUACUACAAGGUCAAGCGCCGGCCGCAGCCCGUCACCGAUGAGAUCCAUCCCAAGAAGCAAGCGAAGCAGGGCCUUCUGCAUCAGACUGUUGGCUAUCAGAAGCAUGUUGUGGCCAGCAGCACGCCCCAGCUUCAGCAUCAGCCACAGCAACGUCGCCACCAGCAGCACCAACAGCAACAGCAGCACGAACACGAGCUGGAUAUAGAGGAUGAUGUGUCGGAGAGGAGCGGCGGCAAGCCGUCGGCUACGCAACAUUCGUUUGUGCUGACAACGCCCCAACAGCAGCUGGCCGCAUCGGUGGCUAGCAGUGGCGGCGGCGGCGGCGGCAGCACAUCGGCCGGCGAUCGCAAUCGGGCCGAUACCUCGUUGGGUAUAUUGACCAAAAAGUUUGUCGAUCUGCUGCAGGAAUCGCCCGACGGCGUUGUCGAUCUGAACGAGGCCUCCAAUCGCCUGUGCGUGCAAAAGCGUCGCAUCUACGACAUCACCAACGUGCUCGAGGGCAUCAAUAUAUUGGAGAAAAGGUCCAAAAACAACAUCCAAUGGCGGGGCGGACAGUCGAUGGUCAGUCAGGAGCGCUCGCGUCGCAUCGAGGCCGAGUCCGAGCGUCUGGAGCAUCGCGAGAACGAACUCAAUAUGCAACUCGAUCUGAUGCGGGACGAGCUGGCGAAAAUUUCCAAGGAAGUGGAGAAUGCCGGCGGCAUGGCCUAUGUAACGCAAAAUGAUCUACUGAAUGUGGAUCUGUUCAAAGAUCAGAUUGUGAUUGUGAUCAAGGCGCCACCAGAGGCAAAGCUUGUGUUGCCCAACACAAAGUUGCCGCGCGAGAUUUACGUGAAGGCCGAGAACGGGGAGAUCAAUGUCUUCCUCUGCCAUGACAACUCGCCGGAGAACUCGCCAAUCUCCGCGGGCGCUGGUUAUUUGGGUGCACACCCAGGCGCCGGGUGUGUGCGGACAGCCACAUCGACACGACUGCACCAUCUGACCAGCCAGCGACUGAACGAUCCGCUCUUCAACAACAUCGAUGCAAUGAGCACAAAGGGAUUAGGUCCCACACCAUAUCGCUCGGCCCAGCGUAACCUCAGCAAAUCGAUUGAGGCCGCCGCGGCACAGCAAUCCUCCCAGCCUGAAUAUAAUAAAAUUUGUGAUAUUGCGAUGGCCGAUGGCCAGCAGCAGCAGCAGCAACACGAAGAUGAUGAUGUGGAUGCCGAGCUGCAACAGCUGGUGCCUACGCUCACCCAUCCGGUGGUCCGCAGCCAUCUGUAUGGCCAGCAGCAGCAGCAGCAACAGCAUCAACAUCAGCAGCAGCAGCAGCAGCAGAACUCCAUCCAGCAGCUGUUUAGCAGCUUAACCGAAUCCUCUCCCACGCCCACGACAAGGCGUCGGGCGGCAGCAGCAGCUGCAAUUGCCGCGGGACAUCCCACAACAACAACAGCAGCAGCGGCAGCAGCAGCAGCAGCAACAACCACAGCAACCACUACGCUUAAUAGUCAUAAUAGCAACAACAACCACAGCAGUUCCCAGCCUCCCAUAAUAGGCUACGGCAACAGCAGCAGCAGCAGGAACAGUCAGCCACCUCCACCACCACCGCACCAGAACCAGCACCACCAUCAUCAGCAACAGCCACAGCAGCAGCAGCAGCAGCAACAGCAACGUCGCAGCGAUGUGCCCAUGUAUAAUUGUGCAAUGGAAGAUGCCACCGCCACAAGAGAAACAGCAGCCGCAACAAGAGGAAUAGCAGCGACAACAGCAUCAUCAUCUGCCUCCUCGGCAAUGGGCUCCCUACAUAUGCAGUUUGCGGCAGUGGCUGGGAAUGAGGGCAGCGGCAGCGGCAGUGGCAGCAGCUAUGGCAACCUGUCGGGCGCUGGCGCCAGUGCGGAUCAUCAUCAUCAGCAAUACAGCCAAAAUAGCCAUAACCCGCCUCUGCCGCCCAGUAUGGGCGAUUGUGAUGCGAGCAGCAACAGCAGCAAUGUUACGCUUCAGGGGCUCGAUGCUUUCUUCAAUGAAAUGGGCUCGGACUACUUCAGCAAUGAUAUGGCCUUUGUGUCCAUCAAUCCGCCGGAUGAUAAUGAGUAUCCGUAUGCGCUCAAUGCAAACGAGGGCAUCGAUCGUCUGUUUGACUUUGGUCCCGAACCCUAUGAACCCUAAGCGAAGACACAUCCACACACACACACACGCAAACACAAAAAAAUAUAUAUCAUUAAAUAUAUAUACAAAAUUCUGGGAUUCUG